UUUCAAGUCAGCAUUGGCUUCGCAUCAGAAAGCUCUUCAAAUCACAUUAAAACUAUAUGGAGAAGAUCAUCCCGACACAGCUACCGUUUAUAACAACAUUGGAUACACACACGACAAAAUGAAAGAUUAUAAUUCAGCAUUAAACACCUAUCAAAAAGCACUUGAAAUCAGAUUAAAAGUAUGCGGAAAAGUUCAUCCUGACACAGCUGACAGCUAUAAUAACAUUGGAUGCACACGAUACAACAUGAAACAUUUUAUAUCAGCAUUGCAUUUGCACCAAAAAGCUCUUGAAAUCAAAUUAAAACUAUGUGGAGAAGAUCAUCCUAGCGUAGCUGACAGCUACGACAGUAUUGGGACCACACAGCGCGCGAUGAGACAUUACAAAUCAUCAUUAGAGUCCGAAAAAAAAGCUCUCGCAAUCAGGUUAAAAUUAUCUAGAGAAAAUAAUCGUGAGACAGAUGACAGUUAUCAUGCUAUUGGAGCCAGGCAACAUGGGAUGAAAGAGUAUCAGGCAGCGUGGGGUCAAAAAGCUCUUCGAGUCAAAUUUCAACUACAUGGAAAGGAACAUCCUGACACAGCUGACAGUUAUAACGGCAUUGGAAUCACACAACAUGCGAUAAAAGAUUACAAAUUCGCAUUAGAAUCGAAACAAAAAGGUCUUGAAAUCAGAUUGAAACUACUUGGAGAAGAUCAUCCUGACACAGCUGACAGUUAUAACGGCAUUGGAAUCACACAACAUGAGAUAAAAGAUUACAAAUCAGCAUUAGAAUCGAAACAAAAAGCUCUUGAAAUCAGGUUGAAACUAUUUGGAGAAGAUCAUCCCGAUACAGCUGACAGUUAUAACACGAUUGGAGUCACAAAACAUGAGAUAAAAGAUUAUAAAUCAGCAUUAGAAUUCAAACAAAAAGCUUUCGAAAUCAGAUUGAAACUAUGUGGAGAAGAUCAUCCUGACACAGCUGACAGUUUUAACAGCAUGGGAGUUACACAAAAUAAGAUGAAAGACUACAAGACAGCAUUACAUUCGCACCAAAAAGCUUUCGAAAUCAGAUUAAAACUAUUUGGAGAAAAUCAUCCUGAGACAGCUGACAGUUAUUACCGCACGGGAAUAAUACACCAAAGGAUGAAAAAUUACAAGUUAGCAUUAGAAUCGUACCAAAAAGCUCUUGAAAUCAGACAAAAACUAUUUGGAGAGCAGCAUCCUGACACCGUAGAAAUAAAUCAGGCAAUUGGUGUUACACAACGUUCAGUUAAGGACCUUAAUGUAGUAUUGGACGCACACAAAGAUAUCGCAUUAGCAGACUGAAACUGUAUGUUUAAUAUUACAAGUCUGCAUUAGACUCGCACGAACAGGCUCUAAACCUAAAUUUACCCACCACGUGCAAGACCUUUUGAGUAAUAAGGCAAGCACUGGACAGAUACAAAAAGCCGCCAUUUUGAAGAAGAGAAUAUGAAGAUUCUAGAAAAUUUCAGCUGAACAUUAGGUUUCCUAAAGUUUCAGAAAGGUAAACGAAGAUUUGAUGACGAAAGAGUUAACGAAGUCAAAGAUGAAAUAUACAAGUAUCACACUUAUAAUCAGUUAAAUUAGGGCCAACAAAUAUGUGGUAAUAAUCUUAUUUCUAUUGCUUUAGAUAUUGUAGUACUGAUCAAAUCAAAACUCUUAUAUGAAUGCAUGCAUAUUGAAAUUCGGAGAAAAAGAGGGGCGUACGAAAAACUCAACAGUCUCAAGCAUUUAGCAAUGGGCAACUAACCCCUGCUAUGAGUCCAAUCACGAGAGAGUCCAAUCACGCAUUCUCUUGUUGGAAAGACAAGAAACAUUGCAACGCAUAUUUACACUAAAUGAGAUUUGUAUUUUUUCAAGGUGGUAAGCGUUGAUACUGACACGAUGUACUCGCAACCUUUUGUACAUUUAACAAAUGUUAUAACGUCUUCCACGUCUUCAAUCAGUCCUAUGUAAAGGCCAUUAGUUUAGAGUAGCUUUGUUUUAUGCAUUCGUUGGCGAUAGCAGCCUCCAUAUAAGUAUAUCUAUAUUAAGAACUUCUGUGAGCUAAAUAUAUACAAAA